CUCAGCUCUGGGUCGGUACUGUGACAGGGACUGUGUCCGCACGCGCGGCAUGUCCUUAAACCCGCGGGAUGCCCGUGGCUCUGUUCCAGACUUUCAGUAUCGAUCCUGUCGCCGUGAGCUGAUUACAGAGCGGUGAGCCCGCUCACACACACACACACACACACACACACACACACACAACCACUUAAUAACGGAAUGUAAACCUGUACACCGGCGUCUGUACUACAGCCUACAACCAAACCGACACCUUCAGCUCCAGCCUGAAUUAGUAGAAGCCAUGCAGAGGAGGCGUCCGGUACCGGAGUUCGAUUGCCAUGGCUAAGGUGGUUGUGAAGAAGCUGCAUUGGCGCUCCAAGGUGCAGGAGAGCUUCGUUCCUCUGUUGGGCAGCUCAGGAGAACUGGGUGUGGCCAUCGGCGGCGGCGCAGACUAUGGCGAGUUUCCGUUUGUCACAGCUGCGCCGGGAGGUGGUAUCACAGUUGGCGAAAUCAUUUUAGAGAUCGGAGGGACACCUGUACUGGGGAUGACAUUAGGUGACGUACGUGGAGUGCUCAACUCCUGCCCUCAUCCUAUUCGCAUCAAGACUGUUACACCAGACUCAACACUGUGUAAGGAUCUGAGGUUGUAUCUGAGUAAAUGUUUCACACCUGGUUGCAUGGACAGUCAGCUUCAACAAGUCAUACGGGAAAAUCUCUAUCUGCGUGCAGUACCAUGUACAACCAGACAGCCUCGAGAUGGCGAGAUCUCAGGAGUGGAUUAUAACUUUGUGUCUGUUGAAGAAUUCUUCUCUCUAGAGGAGUCGGGAGCUCUGCUGGAGAGCGGCAAAUUCAAAGGGAACUAUUACGGAACCCCUCGACCGAUCCACAUCGGUCCCGACAGCCCCCCCAUCACCUACCAGGAGCACUGCAAGCUUCUACAGAACUUCCGCACACGCAGCAAAUCCCUCAGUAACCUGGAGAAAGCGGCAGAGGAAGGGUACAACAGUGAGGGAGACUCUGGGCUAUCAGGUGGCUCAGGAGGUGCCAGCAGUGUCCCCGCCCCAACAUCAUCCCCCAGCCAGUCUCGUGACUCCAGUGGAGGGGACGGCAGUGCCUUUGAGAACGGGAGCAGGCACAGAAGAGGACUACAGGGGGCGGGGCUUGAAACCUGGGAAAUUACCUACAGUGACUCAGGGGAACCAUACUACACAGAUCAUCAGCCCAAGCCAACCUACUGGCACAGCCGCCACGCAUCGAGCCGAGAGUCGGUUUUCAUGAAUGAAUUGGGCGAGUUCACAGAUCAGCCAAGUAAGUUGAGAGGAUACUCGAUUCACACUCGGGUGUGUAAAGGACCCCAGGGAUUUGGCUUUAACAUUGCCGGUGGCAGCCAGCCUCGAGAGUUCUUGCAGAUAUACAGCGUCACACCUGGAGGGACAUCAACUCUUAACCCUGGGGAUAUCCUGGUGUACAUUAACGACACCUGUGUGCUGGGAACCUCUCAUAAAGAAGUGGUGGAAAUGCUGAGGGUUGUGCCUGUGGGCCAGAGCGUGGAUAUGGUGGUCCGUAGAGGCUACCCCAUACUCUAUGACCCUGAUGGCAGCCCUAGACUGUCUCAGGCGACUGCUUCACAUCCUUCACCUCUUCCAACCACCACCCAGCCCAAAGCCCAGGCCCUGCUCCCACAAACCCAAACACUUCUCAAUAACAGUGGGCUUAUGUACAACGAAGAGGGGAGAUAUCCCAGAGCCUAUGGAAGAAGUGCAUCCAGGUUUAGCCUGGACGCCAAUGGAAACACGUCACAUUAUUCACCACCUCCAAGAAUGCCAUCUUCUUACCGAUACUCCAGUGAGGGAGAGAGCGAUAGCCUCAGGCAGCCACAUUCUCAAAGAAGGAUCAGGCAGCUGCAGAGCGCAGAUCUGGCCAGCCAGAGUGACAGCGAAGUGGUUUCAGCAAUAGGAUCACACAGAGCCUCCUUUAUCCGAAACCACAACAACAACUCUCUCUACCCACCAUCGCCUUUGCGCUUUUACUCUACCAAGUCCUCCGAUAGUGACCUUUCCUCCUAUGCCCCCAGCCCGCCCCUCUCUCGUUUGCCCCUCCCCCAAACAGAAUCAGGCCACGCCUCCACUUCCUCCUCCCCUGCCGGAGGGAGACGAUACUUUCAAAAUGGUCAACGCUCCCUGCUCACCCCUCCCACCAGCGUACACUCCGAUGGGCCGUACUUCACUUUCAGCAGUGCCAACAGCGGCAGUCCAGGCAGCAGUGUCCCAUCACCAGGGGCGAUGAGCAAUGGUGGGGGCAGGGAGCUGGUGCCCAUUGCCCUGGCAAAGUGCAAACAAGAUGGGAGUUUGGGGUUCAGCUUGAUGGCGGGCGGACAAGGAGGCAGGACAGCGGUGGUGAAGAGAGUGUGGGACCGGCAGCAGUGUAACGGUCUCCAACCUGGUGACGCCAUCGUGAAGAUCAAUGGAGCUGAUGUGCAGAGCCUCAACUUCAUUCAGGUCCAUCGUAUUUUGGAAGAGCACACCAAAAGUGGAGAGGUCAUCCUGCUAGUUUAUAGAGGAGGCUCCAUAUAUUCAUCGAUCUCACCAAAGUAUAGGCGUCAACACAGCCCCACUCUGCCACGCCCUGCCUCUGCCUCUCAGAUCCCGGUUACUGACACUCCACCUCUGCUACGGAAGUCUCUUACCCCGCCCCCUCAAUCCCUGGUGCGCUCUUCAUUGGUCCAGAGCACCAGUUUCUUGGACUCUGUACCUGUCACACUAACGCUGGAGCCUCGCGAUUGGAUGAGUACUGAGGAGGGCGGGACUAUACUCUUUCCCAGAUUGAAGACUGAAGAGAAGAGCCGACCGCCUGUGACACGUGGAUUUGAGGUGGAGCUGAAGAGGAGGCCAGGAGAGGGAUUUGGAUUCGUGAUUGCAUCACAGGACAUGGAGAACGGCAGAGCGGCGUCUCUGCUGCCUCACCGGUUUGUGACAGUACGUCGUGGCAGUCCUGCAGCGCGAAGUGGCCUGAUUCGGCCCGGGGAUCGGUUGGAGUCAGUAGAGGGACGCAGUGUGGUCAAUCUGCCCCAUAGAGAGCUGGCACAGAUACUGCGCAGAGCGGGCAACACAUUGCUUCUGACCGUAGUCCCGCGCUCCAGUGCUCAGUCCUCUGAGCACGCAGGCAGUGAUCUCCAUCACAGAAGCAGAAAGCCUCACAGGUCCAAACCAAAGGAUACAUCACGGUACUACAGUGUGGAGCUAGAGAGAGGCCCCACUGGUUUUGGGUUCAGUCUGAGAGGAGGAAGCGAAUAUAACAUGGAUCUUUAUGUUCUGGGCCUGAUGGAAGGAGGACCAGCCUCGAGAAGCCGGAAGAUGCAGGUGAGCGACCAGUUAGUGGAGAUCAAUGGGAACAACACAGCAGGUAUGAGCCACAGUCAGGCUGUGGAGCAGAUCAGGACUGCAGGCCAUAAGAUCCAUCUUGUCCUGAAAAAAGGCAACGGAUACGUUCCUGACUACGGCCAUGAUCACAGAGCAGCCGUCUCCUCCCUGUCCUCAGCCCUGCAGCCGGAUCUGGUUACAGUGAAUCACAAACACCGCCAUCUGAAUUCCACGUCCAGCCCUCCAAGAACAGGCAGGACCCGCGGCCAGAGAGGAAGGACAGAGCGCCAGGGCCGGGAGGAGAGCCCCAAACGAACACAGGUCACAGGUCACAGGUCAAAGGACAGGAGGAGGAGACAAAGAUCCCACAGUUUACCCAGAAACAUCAACGGAGAACACAGCGAUGUAGAGGAGUUCAGUGAACCAGCGACAAGAGGACGACGUAGGCAGAGAGAGAUAAAAGAGGAGAUAGAGAGGAGGAGUAAAAGUGAGGAGAGAAGGAGACAGCCAAAAAAUGAGAGUGAAGAAGAGACUCAGGGAGAGGAAGAGCAGCAAGACAGAGAGCGGGAGAGAAAAAAACUGGACAUGCCCAUUCGUAAGCAGAGGUUCGCAGAGUUGAGUCAGAAAUCGAACGAGGAGGAAAAAGAAAAGUUGGACACCAAGCAGCGGGGAGAAGUAGAAAACAGUCUGUUUUUGCGAGAGAACAGGGAGAGGAGAGAUGGGCAGGAGCUGAAAGGUGAGUCAAAAAGUGAGACAGAGCAAAUGCUGCCAGAUGUUUGGGGGAGAGAGAGAACAUGGCAGCGGGUAGUCGACGCUCGACCCUAUGUUAGCUUGUCUCUGCCAGGGCUAGAAAAGGUCCAGUCCAACCACCUCUCUGCCAUUGAAUCCCAUCAGUUUCCAUUCUCCUUUCUCAUGUCCCAGAAUCUGAAAUGAGUGUGUUGAUUGCUAGUGGUUCAGCUGCCAGUCUCCCUAAAUUCUCUACCUAUGAAAGGUUCAGAAGCCAAAAGCACCAUAGCGCCGGGUCCCUGGCUCAAAUCCAAUCUGCUCACACUCAGUGGAGAAAUGGAAAGACGCAGACUUACAGGAAGAGUAAAGGAGCAAGCAGUGAGAGAGAAUUCCAUCACAUGACAUAGUUCUGAUUUGAUGCAGUUUUUGCCAUAUAAUGUCAUCAGGUCAACUAUUUGAAAUCUUUUAACAAUUUGAAAUAGGCUAUUGUAAGUAGCUGUUGGGCCACAUUAGCAUUUUCAAAUCAGAAUGACAAAUGUU